AUGGCGCCCGCCGAUGACGUCACGAUCCCGGGAGAAAAUCGCCCGUAUCUCCGCGACGCGAAGGCCCAGAGAGCUCAAAUUUGGGUGGCGAGGUCCCACGGGGGCCCUCGCUCGAACCAGGGCGGCGGCGGGCCCCGGGGACGCCCCCUACCGGAUCGCCGUUCGCCGGGACCCCCGACUUUGAACGGCUAUAACUCGGGGACCCGGGCGAGUUGGACCUCGUGGGUGGGCUCUUUCGAAAGGCCCCGUCCGGCACUACGGUCGAUUCGAGUUUGGGGAAGAUUGGCCCAGGGGUUCGCGAGAUAUAAGCCAAAAAACGCCGCGCCUUUGACCGGGCCUAACUCCCUGACCCCGAGGCCCCCGGGGACGCGGGUGGCCUCUUUGGAUAGGGCCCCUCGAGGCCUACGGAAGACCCGAGACCCCGGGGGGCCACCUGGCCGUGCCCGAGGACGGUGCACCUCCCUGGGUGUGCCGUCAGAGCCUCCGGGGCCCCGGAAGUCCCCGCCCACUGCACGUUUUCGGACUUUGAGGGAUUUUCGGGCCCCGAAUUCGAACGCCCGUAGCUCGGGGACCCGGGGGCCCAGAGACACCGGACUCGGGUCAAGUGUGGCGUCCCGGCGGGCCCCUCGCAAAGAGCCCGCCCCCGAGCCCCGGGGCCCCCGGGUCCCGGAGAAAAGGGGCCCGACGUGUCGGGGGGGCGCCUGGGAAGGAAAGGUCCCAGGGGCCCGGGGGAGGCGGGGUCCGAGAGGGCCCGUGGGGAGCCCCCGACACCCGAAAGGGCGAGCCGCUGGGACCUCCCCUCUCCGAGAUACGGGCCGUUUUCUCCGAAAGUCGCCCGCGCGUAACGGGGCCCAUCUCGGGACCGGGAGGUCCCAGCGGCUCGCGGCGGCGGGUGCGGGGCCCGCUCUCGGGGACCUUGCUCCUCCCGCCGUCCCGGGCCACGGGGACCUUCCGGUCCCGAGAUACGGCCACUUCCUGUCCAGCUUUGACCGGAGAGUCAAUGUUAGUCGCGCAGUUUACCCGACUCUGGGAACCGGGGCUUUGGGCUUGGGGGAGACCCACCGCUCGCCCCCUAACACGUCGGGGGGGACCAGGGGGCACCCGCCUGGACCCCCUCAGCCCCACUUCGGAGAACCAGAACGCUGGCCAGGGACCCCCACGGCGGUUGAAGAGAUCCCCCUGUGCCCAGAGCAUGGAGCCCCAACUCGGCUUUCCACACCACUCACACCGGUUCCUGCCUACCUUAAGAGAGUCAAAGUUACUCCCGCAGUUUACCCGACUCUGGGAACCGGGGCUUUGGGCUUGGGGGAGACCCACCGCUCGCCCCCUAACACGUCGGGGGGACCAGGGGGCACCCGCCUGGACCACCUCCUGCCCGACUCGGAGAACCAGAGCUCUCGGCAGGGACCCCCACCGCCGUACCCCCUCCUGCCCGACUCGGAGAACCAGAGCCCUGGGCAGGGACCCCCACCGCCGUACCCCCUCCUGCCCGACUCGGAGAACCAGAGCCCUGGGCAGGGACCCCCACCGCCGUACCCCCUCCUGCCCGACUCGGAGAACCAGAGCCCUGGGCAGGGACCCCCACGGCGGUUGAAGUUUGAACUUCUACCCGAGCGUGGAGCCCCAACUCGGCUUUCCACACCACUCACACCGGUUCCUGCCUACCUUAAGAGAGUCAAAGUUACUCCCGCAGUUUACCCGACUCUGGGAACCGGGGCUUUGGGCUUGGGGGAGACCCACCGCUCGCCCCCUAACACGUCGGGGGGACCAGGGGGCACCCGCCUGGACCACCUCCUGCCCGACUCGGAGAACCAGAGCUCUGGCCAGGGACCCCCACCGCCGUACCCCCUCCUGCCCGACUCGGAGAACCAGAGCCCUGGGCAGGGACCCCCACCGCCGUACACCCUCCUGCCCGACUCGGAGAACCAGAGCCCUGGGCAGGGACCCCCACCGCCGUACACCCCUCUGCCCGACUCGGAGAACCAGAGCCCUGGGCAGGGACCCCCACCGCCGUACACCCCUCUGCCCGACUCGGAGAACCAGAGCUACAGCAAAGCCCUGGCCUCCACCCUCACCCGAGCACCGGCCGAACCCGGGGGUCCCACACUUAAGCCCGGGGCCGAGUGCCUCCGGCCUCUGCCCGACUCGGAGAUCCAGAGCUCCGGGCAGGGACCCCCACGGCGGUCCACCCUCCGUCCCACUUCGGAGAACCAGAGCUCCGGGCAUGGACCCCCACCGCGGUCCACCCUCCGCCCCACUUCGGAGAACCAGAGCUCCGGGCAUGGACCCCCACCGCGGUCCACCCUCCGCCCCACUUCGGAGAACCAGAGCUCCUGCACAGCUCUGGCCUACACCCUCACCAGCCCACCGGCCGAACCCGGGGGUCCCACACUUAAGCCCGGGGCCGAGUGCCUCCGGCCUCUGCCCGACUCGGAGAUCCAGAGCUCCGGGCAGGGACCCCCACGGCGGUCCACCCUCCGUCCCACUUCGGAGAACCAGAGCUCCGGGCAUGGACCCCCACCGCGGUCCACCCUCCGUCCCACUUCGGAGAACCAGAGCUCCGGCUCAGAUCCGGCCUCGGCCCGCUCCGGCGCACCGGCCGGACCCGUGGGUCCCACGCUUAAGCCCGGGGCGUUACUGUCCCGGCCGACCCGCGCCUCCAGAGAACCGCGCCACUGUGCCAGACUAGAGUCAAGCUCAACAGGGUCUUCUUUCCCCGCUGAUUCUGCCAAGCCCGUUCCCUUGGCUGUGGUUUCGCUAGAUAGCAGUUCUAAGCCGGCUGCUAGGCGCCGGCCGAGGCAGCGCGCCGGGUGGCCCCCGCCCAGACGCCCCCCCGCGAGGAGAGACGCCCGGACGGAGGUCCCGACGCGAGCCGUAGCUGCGGAGAUCCGCGAGAAGGGCCCGGCGCACGUCCAGAGUCGCCGCCGCGCACCGCGGCGCGUCCCCCCCCGGAGAGCCCGCCUCGGCGCCGGCGAGACCGGGGACCCGGCCCCCCCGCCCGACCGCCCGCGCCGGCCCCCCGCGAAGGAGACCGGCGAAGCGGGACGGGUGGAGGGGGACCGAGCACACCCGGCCCCGGCCGACGCCUCGGACGGGAACGGGAAGGGGCGCCGCGGGUCGGCCGCUCCCCCAGCCGCGGCUCGGGCCCAGCCCCGCUUCGCACCUCAGCCCGACCGGCCCAGCCCUUAG